GCUCAAUAACGACGACGGAUCGGUUGAUUGAUUGAGCCCGGGGGUCCCGGCACCGGGCCGCUCCUCCCCCAGGACACCAAAUGGCUUCUGUUGUUGUCCCCCGACAGCCGCGAGGAUGGGGGAGCCCGCCUGAGGAGGACCGCGCCCGCCGCCCGUCCGCAAUGGCCGAGAAGGCCCCGCCGGGCCUCGACAGGAGGACGUCCCGCUCCACCCUGUCGCUGCCGCCGGAGCCGGCGGCCGGGGGCCGCGGCCGCUCGCGGAGGGUCAAGAUCAACGUGGGCGGCCUGACCCACGAGGUGCUGUGGAGGACGCUGGACCGGCUGCCCAGGACGCGGCUGGGGAAGCUGAAGGACUGCGGCUCCCACGACGCGCUGCUGGAGGUGUGCGACGACUACAGCCUGGCGGAGAACGAGUACUUCUUCGACCGCCACCCCGGGGCCUUCACCUCCAUCCUGAAUUUCUACCGGACGGGGAAGCUGCACAUGAUGGAGGAGAUGUGCGCCCUGUCUUUCGGCCAGGAGCUGGACUACUGGGGGGUGGACGAGAUCUACCUGGAGUCCUGCUGCCAGGCCAGGUACCACCAGAAGAAGGAGCAGAUGAACGAAGAGCUGCGCAGGGAGGCCGAGACCAUGAGGGAGCGGGAAGGGGAGGAGUUCGACAACACCUGCUGCCCCGAGAAGAGGAAGAAACUCUGGGAUCUACUGGAAAAACCCAACUCGUCCGUCGCCGCUAAGAUCCUGGCCAUCGUGUCCAUCCUGUUCAUCGUCCUGUCGACCAUCGCCCUGUCCCUGAACACGCUCCCCGAGCUGCAGGAGACGGACGAGUUCGGCCAGCCCAACGACAACCGGCAGCUGGCCCACGUGGAGGCGGUUUGCAUCGCCUGGUUCACCAUGGAGUACCUGCUCCGCUUCCUGUCCUCGCCCAACAAGUGGAAGUUCUUCAAGGGCCCGCUCAACGUCAUCGACCUCCUGGCCAUCCUCCCCUACUACGUCACCCUCUUCCUGACCGAGUCCAACAAGAGCGUCCUCCAGUUCCAGAACGUGCGGCGGGUGGUGCAGAUCUUCCGCAUCAUGCGGAUCCUGCGCAUCCUGAAGCUGGCCCGCCACUCCACGGGCCUCCAGUCCCUGGGCUUCACGCUGAGGCGGAGCUACAACGAGCUGGGCCUGCUGAUCCUCUUCCUGGCCAUGGGCAUCAUGAUCUUCUCCAGCCUGGUCUUCUUCGCCGAGAAGGACGAGGACGCCACCAAGUUCACCAGCAUCCCGGCCUCCUUCUGGUGGGCCACCAUCACCAUGACCACCGUGGGCUACGGGGACAUCUACCCCAAGACCCUGCUGGGCAAGAUCGUCGGGGGGCUCUGCUGCAUCGCCGGGGUGCUGGUCAUCGCGCUGCCCAUCCCCAUCAUCGUCAACAACUUCUCCGAGUUCUACAAGGAGCAGAAGCGGCAGGAGAAGGCCCUGAAGCGCCGGGAGGCCCUGGAGCGGGCCAAGCGCAACGGCAGCAUCGUCUCCAUGAACCUCAAGGACGCCUUCGCCCGCGGGGCCGAGCUGCUGGACGUGGCGGCCGACAAGGCGGGCGAGCCGGCCCGGGGCCCCGCGCCCGACGGCCGCCCGUCCCCCAGCCGCUGGAAGUGGGCCCGGCGGGCCCUGGCCGAGGCCGGCCCGGCCGACGGCUACCAGGAGGUGGGCCGGAGGGACCCCCGCGAGCUGCUCAACAACACGGCCGCCGGGCCGCAGCCCCUGAGCGCCCACAGGCUGCAGAUGCUCUACAACGAGAUCGCCAAGGGCAGGCCGCCCCCCGCCCUGACCCCUGACCUCCGGCGGAGAGGGCGGGGGCCGCAGCCGCGGGAGGAGGAGAUGGAGAGGGCGGAGGCGGCCCGGCGCCGGGAGCAGCUGGCCGUGGCCCGGCAGGACGGCGUCACGGACAUGCGGAGCACGUCCAGCAUCGACAGCUUCACCAGCUGCACCACGGACUUCGCCGAGGCCGAGAGGUCCCCGCUCCCGCCCGGGCCCGGCCUGCCCUUUGACCUCCCGCGGGAGCACAGGCCGGCCCCGGGCCCGGGGGCCGGGGAGGAGGGCCGCCCCCCGAGGGGGGACUCGAGGGGACGGGGCGGCCCCGCGGCCCGCAGCCCCCAUCCUCGGUCGCCCCCCCAGAAGCGCUCCGCCCUGUCCACGCGGGAGAGGAGGAGUUUCACCGAGAUGGACGAGGACGAAGACUUUCUAGAGCCCCGCCGGGCCUCCCCCGACGGGCCGGCGGGCCCCGAGACGAACUGCCCCGGGGGCCGGCGGGGGGACCGGAGAGACCCUCUGACGGGAGGGGGCUCUCCCCCGGCCCCGGACACGGCUCACAACUGGACGCGAGAACGUCUUCCCGCCGCGGGGGACGUCCGGAGGGACGAUCGGCCGGAAGGGAGCAAGGUGGGAAACCACGUGUUCGCCCCCCAGAUCCGGGCCGACCCGGGGACCGCUGGCUACUGCCCCACACGGGAGACCAGCAUGUGACUACUUCCAAGAGCAAUAAAGAAACCCCUUUCUUACAACCACGGGCGGCGAGCGACCUUAGACCCAGGACCUCCCCGCCCCUUCCCUCCUUCCCCCCGUCCCCCCUCCGAAGUGCAUAACACGUUAUUUUUGCAUGGCAUGAACAGUUAAGUUUCAGUCCUGUUGAAAAUACAAGAGCCGAGACUGCGUUUUGUAACCAGACAGCCCCAAACCACGAGUCCCGAACUGUGAAUAAAAUAAAAACAGCU